CUUCUAAUGUUGCAGCCGAGUCGGAUAUUUGCACGUUCGCGGCGAGGACGGAGCAUUUCCACGUCGUUAACAAACCAUCGACGGCGCUGUUCACAUCGAACAGCAGACCGAAGGCCUUAAGGGAAUUAUACGAGGCCGCGGCUAUAGUUGCUGUCAGAAGUUUGGAUAGCCUGAGAAGGGAUGGCAGCUCCAUGGAUAUGUUCCUCUGCACGCCGGUCCUCGGCAAGAGAAGGCGGGAUCAGAGCCUCGACAUCGAAUCUAGAGUCCCGGCCGCUAUCGAAGAUCUACGACGAUGGACGUCGACGGAGGCGCUCGGGGACGUAACCGUACCACCGGAUUGCAUGUCAAGAAUCCUCGGCGAUACGACCAGCGACGAAGCCGUCGAUCACAAGCUUCCGAGCCCCGAGGAACAGGUUCAGGCGAUCGCUCUGAAAUUCCCGGCGGAAGUUGUAGCGGUGGAUGUCAGUGGCAAAGGGUUCGAGAGAAUGUCGAUGAGGAGGAGAUCUCUGUUGUCCGGUCCGGAGGGUCAGGAGACAGCUGUGAAAAGGCGGUCCCGGCCUCGCAGGCCCAGGGGCAAGAGACGGAAUACGAUCGCUGGUACCGAUCAGAAGGAAAUUCGACAGGCUAUCGGAGGAGAGACGACGGGAGAGGAUGCAGAAGAAUCGACUGUGGCAUCAAGAGCUCACCGAUCGGCAAGCACAGACAUAUUGGGUUCAUCAAAAAAAGAGUCACCAACAGAGAAGAAGUCGCAUUUCAACACAUUAAAGGCUUGGGGCAUGUCUCGGUUGAAGCUGAUCAGUCCAAAAUCGAGUCAGCAACAGCAUUCGGAGCAACAGGAGACCACGAGCGCAGCGACGAGCGGAACGGAAAGGUUAGUACGGGGAGAAGGUCGGUGGAGAACAAGUGGAGACAGAAGUAUUUACAAAAUGGUAACGACCAGGCGCAAGAAGGACAAGUCGCACGAGAGGAAGCCGAGUUCGUCCAGUUCAAGCGGAAAGAGUACCUCGAGUAUACCGGUGUCAGUGCCGAGCAGCGAUCGGCAACCAGGCGUGAAAUUACGCGAGAGCGCUGCGCAGAGGAGGGAAAGACGAAAGGGUGGCAGCCGCGACGAGGCGCCCCAUUCCAGCUCCGGAAACUGGAGCGCGUCCUCCGAAAGCGGAAGGGCCAGCAUCGGAAGCGAAACCACCACCACUACUCAUCAACCGAGAUCGACAACUACAGCCUCGAUCGGCACGUCGUCAACAUCUCUAAGUCACGUGAGGCGGUUCAAAGGACGAGACACGUCGACCUCGUCCUCAGUGACGUCGGAGGGCACGUUAACGCCAGAUAUCAUCCAAGAUAUCGCGGUUGUACCAUUCUCGGACGAUGGAGAAACUUCAUCCGUGUACUCGUGCGAUACUGAGGGCUAUUACACUUCGUUUCACGUGGACUCCGGUUUGAAAACUCUCAGGGAAGAGGAUCCGCAGGUUCCGCAGAGCCCGUUGAUCAAAUCGAAUGACGUCAGCUCCGAUCCUACCUCACCGAUCGUCGAAAACGAGUACGAAUUAUUUGGAAGAGGCUCGACGUCGACAACGACGAGCUCCGCGGGGACGGUAUGCACCGCUUUGAUGGCUCCACCGCCGCCAGAAAGGAAAUCCAGCCUUACCGUCGUUGCCAUGGUUCACGGGUCAAACCAAAAUGGUGGCGAGUCGCCAGACAGCGGACACAAUACCUCGUCAUCACCCGUGGAAUCAGCCUCAAGUCCUGCGUGCACUGGUCGGUCCUGUUCGGAGUUCGAGUACUCGGAAUCCAGCGAUCUCGAGGGUUGCGAGAGGAUCGAGAGGAUUCGUUCGAAGACGGCGAUCAAUAGUAGCCGUAUACCGUCCAUGUGCGUGAUCACGCCGCCGUGCUCGGAUGACGAGCACGCGAGAGACUCGGAACAAACACGUAAGAAAACAGAGAAUAGGAAGAACGAUCGUCAGACGGGUGGUUCGGUGUUGAUGUCUGCGACGGUUGGUACCUCGAAGAUGGAGGUGAUCAAUGGCCAGGACAAGAAUCUUUACGCUACGAUCCAAGUACUACCCUCGCCCGCGAAUGAGAAGCAACCUACUGGGCAAAUAAUUCAAACGACUAACAAAAUCAGUCCACUGAGCGGAGUUCUGGGCAAGCUUCGCGGCGUGCUUCCGGGCAGGAAGCACCUGCACGUGAAGAACACCGGUCAGGAGCAAGUAAACGCGGACUCCGGCGACUAUGUCACCAUAGCCGACGUGAGGAACAAUAAUGGAAACCGGCAGGAUUCGGCUUCUUGUUCCAGUGUUAAUAGUUCUGUCCGAUCACCCGUCACUUAUGCAAACUCUGACGUGUUCAAAAAGGACGCGGAGUAUGUCAGUUUGACCGAGUUACCGAAGAAACCGGAUUCGUCGUUGGAGAGGAAGAGGCAAGGGGCCAGGGUCACUUUAGACUCGGAAGGCAAGGUGGUUUACUCGUCGGAUAGUUUGAAGAGGAGGAAAGGAGCCCAUACUACGUUUAAUCCAGGUCCGUUCGUGAGAGAAGGUGUGUCACCGAAUCCGUCGCCGCUUUUGCACCGCGCGACACCCAACAUCCGCGCAGUAACAAAAACCAGCGACGCGGUGGACAGCCCAGCGACCAAAUCGACUCCACCAACAUCCCCGCAAUUAAGCAAAGUGAUCAUCCGAGCCGCGAGAAGUCCAGAUCGCGCAGCCAGCCCGGAUUACGUGCGGACACCAACGACUGUCGUCGGCCCUACGAGUCCAACGACGCCGCAUCGUCAAGUUCGCGGGGCAUACGUGAACGUGCAGGACGAUGAAGAUAACACGCUUCUGGCGAUAGACUCGGUGCCUCCGCACGGUAUAGUACAGCCGCCGCCCUACAUCCCGCCCCCCAAACCGGAGGAAUGCCAGAGAAAGGAGAAGAUCCAGGAGGAUCAGCUGAUCCAAACGGGUUGCGAGAAACAGCAGAAUUAUGGUCAACAGGCUAUGAUGAACCACAAUAAAAUAUACGCGCACGACCCGCGCCAGAAUAUCUACGAUAACAACAAAUACGCGGAACGCAACGAUUUCCAACGCGUUUGCGACCAACGGCAAAUAGUGUACAUGAGAAACGCGAGGAACCAGCAAUGCUACGUCAAGGACGCCGUCGGUCAACAAUUUUAUACGCUACCGUCGAGGAGGCCUCAGAGGGAUGUUGAACCGCCGCGAAGCGUCACGCCGGAUAUUACCAGAGGCCUCGGACGCGGGUCUUUCAGCAGCGGCGUACACAUGUUAGCUAGACAGAGGACAGUGAUAGACCAGGACAUGAAUCGAUACGGUGGCUCGCAGGUGGACUUGAAUAGGAGAAAUUUGGAAUGCUUUGAGACGGAGAACGGACGCAAUCAGAUACCGAUUGUGGAUAUCAGAAACAGAUUCGCAACACCAUUAGGACUGACAGCGCUUGGGUAUCGAUUCUUCGCGUCCUCGCCUAUCCGUGAUCCCGUUACGAAGUCUCCUAGUGCUGAUGCGUUAAAGUACAAUCCAAUUUCGCCGAUCGGGCACAGCUACGGGAAUAGUUUCAACUCAUCCACGCCGACCGCCGUUCGUACUAUGACAACUGUUGCCGCUGAACGUCCACCGAACAACAAUAACGUUAAUAAUAAUUGUUCGUCGAUGCCGAACUCAGGAAGAAGCACGCCCGUGCAGAAUUUGUCAGGCAGAAGCACGCCCGUGCAGAAUUCGUCAGGCAGGAGCACGCCGACGAACUUAAUUCUAUCACCCACGAAGAGCACCAUGUCCAACGAGGAGCUCUUCGCCGCCAUUCACAAAUCCAAGAAAAGACUGAACAUAAAGGAUGACAACGAGAAUCUGUCACCGUAUGGUUCAACCAAUUCGUUGGCGAAGAUUGCGCCUGGGAGCAGAAACAGCUGGACCGUGGAAUCGCAAAAAAUGGUAACGCAAAACGCGCAGCCUCCGCCACCGGCUACCUCGCGACUGGAUUUCAAGCGGCUGCUGCUUCAACAAAGCGUAAAAACUGGACCGGUUAGACUGUCAGCAGCCGAGCAACUGAAACUAUCGCGGCAACAAUGUCAGCACCAACAAUCAUCGCCGGGUGUACAACAAACCUCAUCGUUAGCCAAAGUCUUGAGUCCGCGCUCGAUAUGGAGGUUUCAGACUCCACGAACGGACGUCCUAUCUUCUACCAUAAUCGAGGACACCGCGGCCGAGGAAAAAGCCAUGAAACCCUCGCCAGAGAACGCUUCCCCAGUGUCUCGAGUGAACGCGAGACGGCAGCUGGACCUCAAUAGCGAAAACGAUUCACUUUUCGACCCCUGCGAAGAUAGGCUGACACCUAAUAAUAUUGAGGAGGCUUCGAAACUGACGGUUGAGUCAUCGGAUAGAAGAGUUCAAUCGCAAAAGGAAGCGUCGGAAAGUCGUGGCAAUGAGCGACUGACUUCCGUGUCGUCGAGCAAAGCCGAGAAUGCGGGAAAGCCGCAGUAUCCCUCGCAGCUCACUCCCUCGUGUCAGCAAGCGAUAAGCGCCUUCGAGUCGAGAAGGAUUAGCAAUCAGUUGGCAAGAGCGCAGUUCUUGGCCAGUACACCCGGUACGAAUCAGUCUAGCAAUGUGUACGCGAAAAAGGCGUUUCGUGCGAGAUCGGAAUCCCCUCAAAGUCCGACGAUCCAAAACGUAACGCGUAGCCCAAGCGUGCCGACGCUGGAAACAGCCCUAUGAUCGCCCGCUCGCGUUUUACAACGUAAAUGUGUGUCGUUUGGAAUCAGAAUGCACUGCCGUACUUUUAUUAUUUAUAUUUUUCGACUGUAUAAUUGAAAUGGCAUUUCUGUAUGUUUAUAUAAAAAAACUUGAACGCGUUUGAUAGCAUAAAAUGAUUGUCACAAUAGAAAUCUGGUUCUGGAUGACGCGCGUCCAAUCUUGCCACACAUACAAUUUCAUAGUCUAUGUGAUGAAAUUGAAUGCAAGGUGAAUCUCGUAAUAUGUAGACUUCGAAUAAUUCAUAAGGUAUUCAUUGUAUGACAAAAAUUUGUAAACAAAUGUCGCAUGGUCUCCAGGGGACAUGCAAUACUGUGAUCUGUUUUUUAUCUCGUUGCUUUUUUAUCAAGAUAUGAGGGUCACGAUCAAUUUUGUAAAUAAAUGAAUAAAUAAAAAUAUUGUGUAUUCUGUUUAAAAAACUGAAGUUGACUUUCAUAUCGCAAUAAAAAAAGCAAAGAACUGAAAAAUAGAUCACAUAGUUGCGUGUACCCCUAGAAACUAUGCAACAUUCAUUUAAUAAUUCUUAUCGUACAACAAAUACCUUACGAAUUGUUCAAACUCGUCGUGUUACAAGACUCACCCUAUAUAAUGUCACACAGUAAAUUUAAACGUAGAGUCGAUUCGUUCGAACUCCGAGAGGACAAUAAUUUAUUAGAACGUGCUAGUACGAUAACGGUGUUGAAAUUAAUAUUAUACAGUAUUGGAUUGCUUCAUUGAUGUGUCAAACUAUAAUAUCGAGGGAUGAAGAAACUGCACUGGUAUCGAGACUAGUAGUAAUGAUAACGUUAAUCGAGGUGGAACUAUAUAUUCGAUCAACAUUACACACGCAGCGAAUUCACUGAGAGCAAUAAUUCGCAGUUAAUCCCUUUUGGUAAUUUAGAUAGCGAUGUAUCUAAGUGUAUUUUAUGCCGACUUAUUGUUAUUUGAGUGAAACUAAUUGUUGAAUAGAACAAUUAUAUGCAUAAAAUAAUUUUAAGCGUUUGUACAGGGACAAAUAUUUAAAAAGAAUCAUUUUUAUUAGAGAAAUGUAGUGAAUGUCCCGAUUUCUGUUUACAUCAUAAUUUCUACUCACUGGGUUGUGAUUAUAUAUAAAAUGAUAGACGUCGGUGAGUGGAAAUUGUUACGUGAACAGAAAUUGUAUCAAUUACUACAUACAUUUUUGUCCUCCUCAUCGUCUAUGUUCAGGUUACAAAAAAAUGGGUUGAUUUCGAUUUUAAGAAAUU